CAAAACAGAGGUGCAUAUUCCCAUUUUAUAGAUGACAUAACUGAGGCCCAAAGAGGGGAAGUGACUCACUCAGUGUCACAGUAAAUCCAGGGCAGAACAAAAGUCUCCUGAGUAGCACUCUUCACUAUCACAUUACACUGUGGCUCGCAGCAGCCCUGGAAGCAAAGCCAGUUGGGGUCGCCAGGCACCUAGACCCUCACUGUUUGUCUGCUGGCAGAGAGCCGCUCCUUCUCGUCAGAGUAAGGAGUAGGCAGGAGGCCUUUGCCUGUGUGGACCAUGGUCUGGUGACUCCAGCCAGCACAAACCCUUCCCUUGAUGGUUGGAGGCUGGGCAAGGGCUUUUUGUGAGAGGCUCCUGACAAUGUCUUGUUGUUACAGAGCACCUGCUGUGCCUAGCAUUCCACCUGGGGCCAAGAGGCUGUGUGAGCAGGUGACAGCCACACAGGCUGUCCCCACACAGGUGGCUGGCCCCGCCUGUCACAAGCUGCUAGGGCUGCCCCCUUGCCACCCAUGACAGGAGGUCUGACAAAGACUCCCCACUUGUGAGGUCUGUUCACUGCCUGUAUUUCGAACAAGGCCUGGCUCUGCAAACCUGUGCGAACCGUUUUGAUACAGGAGCCGACAUGAGUGAGCAGAGGCUCCCCCGGCUCAGGCAGCCCCAGGCAGGGUUGGUCAGACAGCAGCCAGGCACGGGUACCCAGUGCAGGUCCUGCUACCCAGCACUGCUGCUGCCUCUCACCUGAUUCUCACAGCAACCCUGGCAGGUGGGCAGGGUGGGGUUAUCUUAUUUUACGGAAACAGGCUUCCCCAAGUCUGUCACCAAGUAACGGGGAGAGCUGGGUGUCAAGCCAGAUCUAACCUCCAGCCCAGAGCUGGUGACGUGGAAAAUCAGGGCAGAUGGCACCAGGAUCUAAAAUAGGGAGGGAAAAAGACCUCAGUUACGUAACAGCGAGGAGACUCUCAGCCUACGCACAGCGGCAGCCACAGGGUCCUGCCACUAGAGCCAGCCCCUCCUUCCCUUCCUUUUUGGGCUCUGAGCACUGCCCCCUGCAAGAGAAUGUGCUGGAGGAGCCCCAGUAUCUUUCCGGCGGGAAGUCUGCUCCGUCAAGGCCGAGGGCAGGCUCUAGAAAUGCAGAGACCAAGCAGGCAGAGCCGGAUUCUGGAGCUGCCCUCAGAGGGCUCGAAGGUUAUAUGAGCGCAGCGCUUGAGAAGGGCCUGGACGUCGAUGGAAGGCCUGAGAGUGGAGAGAGCAGGGGUGCGAAGCAUUUCCGGGGCUGUGGCUGCGGCCCACCCUGGCCUCAGCAGCUGUGGAGAUGUGUAGACGGGAAGAGUGAAUGGGGCCAACCUCAGGAGACGCUGGGUCCCAGAAGCGCCACGUGCUGCUCCUUUGGUGAGACUUAAUUACUCUAUAAAAUGUGAGGCUACUCCCACUUAUCAAAUUACAGAUGAGUUUAAUUACAGCGCACUGAGUAACCACACUGGGCUCCUUCAGAAAUGGCGGCAGGCAGGGCUGCUCUUCUCAGCUUCAGCUGUAGCCACCCCAGUGUCAGGAGGAAGUGCCCGGGUUCCUGGGGCCUGGGAGUGCCGCCCAGCUCUGCUGCCAGACAAGAGUGGGUGUGGUGGGCUGCACUGGGUACACUGCUGUACCGGCCACCACCCUCCGGCCACGCUCAGCCAGUGAGUACUCUGCGGGGCCAUCUGGCCACGUGUUCUGUGACUAGGUCAUUUACUCUGCUGCAGCCUCUUUUUCUCCUGCCUACGUUGUGUUCUGGACAAAGGUUUUGGGUCACAGUGUCCGACCAGAGGUGGACAAAGCGGCGUGGGACCUGCCGUAAGAAACAGAGAGGGGGCGUGGCGCGGGCUGAGAAACCUGUGCUUUAUGGAGGCUCGGGGCACCCUCAGGAAGGGGGACCAAGAACAGCAGGCCACUAGGGAGUGGGGAGAGCUCGGGGGCAUCACGAGGGGCAUCAGACUCUUCCCUGCAGGCCGGCGGGACUGACAGGCUGUCGUUCCAAUGGAGGUACAGUGGGACUCCCGGGGCUGUGAUGGGCAGGGCGGAGGAGCUGCCGUUGGUCCCAGUGCCAGAUUAGUGUCACAUUCUGAGGUGUGGCCCUAUGUUGGACAGCAGCUGCUACCUCUCCCUCUGCCCCUUUAUUACUUGCAUCUCUGUACCAGGCCCUGUCUAGGCACGGGCGUCCAACAGCAGGCAGCCGACUGCCCUCUCAGAGCUCACAGUCUAGCCCAGGGUGACCCAGGGGAACCGUGGCCAUGACUUGGGCCAGGAAAUGAGAGGCUCGAUUCUGUCACAUGUAAAUACAAAUAGUCGUUUUCAAUCUA